AUGAGUUUCUCCAAAAAAAAUCUUGAAAUGAGUAACCACAGCCCUUUGAUUCAUCUUGAUAAUAAUACUGACAAUAACAAUAAAUCAUCAUUUUAUUCGAACGAAGGGCUAAAUAAAGAACCUAGUACUAGUGAAUCAAUGAAUGACGACGAAGUCUACAACAAUUAUAACCCUGUUAAAACUAAAAUUAUUGAUAAAAACACGAGAAAUGAUACUUUCGACAAGACAAACGAUGGUAAAAAUAUCAAGAUCAAUAAUUGUAUUAAUGACAAUACUACUACCGGUAACGAUCAUUUUGAUACUGCUACCAAAGCCGACAAUAUCAGCAACAAUAUCAGCAACAUCAACGACGACCACGAGAACCUCUACAACGUUAACGAUGGUAAUAUCAAAAAUGCUGACAGAAUUCACAGUAGCAGCAAUAACAAUAUCGAUAAUGAUAAUGACGUCAUCAAUAACAGUUUAGGAAAUGUACUUCAUAGAGAUAAGGAAGUUGAAAAAAUCAUUCUUUCUAAGGAUGGUAAUAUCGAUGCUUCUAUCAAAAACAGUCGUGAUGAUAACAUAAUUCUUGCUAUGAAACUAGACAGCAGCAAUGAUAGUAAUACCAAGGAUGAUAAUAAUAAUGACGAUUAUAAGGAAUAUCAAGAUAACUAUGGUUAUAACGAUACUAGUAUUAGCAGUAGCAGCCGAAAAAACAAAAAUACUAAUACUAAUGCUCCAAUUACUCCUCCUCUUACUACUUAUGAUGAAAAUAUUGAUGAUACUAAUGAUAGUAAUGACAAUAAUAAUAAAAAACAAGAAAAUGAUGCUACUCAAGUAGAUGUUAACGAUGAUGGUGUUUUUCAUGAUCAUGAUAAUAAUUACCAACAAGAUAAUACUACCAAUAAUCAAACAGACGAUACUAUUGGUUGUACCAAUUAUAAACCAACAAUUGAGUUAAUUAUAGCGAGCAGUGACGAUGACGAUAAAAGCAACAACAACAAUAAAAGUUCUAAUACUAAUAACACUAAUAAUAACCAGCAAGCAACAGAAUCAGAAGUUGAUGAUAAUGGAUCUAUCACUCCCGCCACUACUACCCUUAUUACUAAAAAUAAUAAUAACGACAGAGAAUCAAUUGAAGCUGUCAACGAGGAUGAUGGUAGUUCUAACGAUAGCGAUACUGGUAACAACCAACAAGAUAGUCAAGAUGAUAAACCAGAAAUUAUUGUUACUAAUAUUGGAUCUUCUGAUAAUGAUGAUGAUAAUGCUCAAUCAACGAUAGAAGAGUUGUCACCAUCAUCUGAAAUUGUUGAUAAAAAAUUCAACGAUGAUAAUAAUACUACUACUACCUAUGAUUCUAAUAGUUUCACUGACGAUAAUCAAAAUCAAAACAUUGAUGACGAUCAAACAGAAGAAGCAACAACUGCUCAUCUACAUCCUCCUCUUUCUUCUUAUCAUCAUCACCCUACCAAAACUGUUUUAACUGAAAUUGCUGAUGAUUAUCAACAUAAUAACCCUGAAUCUAAUGAAUCUACCGAUAUUGAUCAAAAUAUUGAUGGUGAUGAAUAUAAUGAAGGAGAAAGAAAAGAUGAAGAGGAGGAGGAAUCGUCAAGAUCCAUUACACCAGUUGAUUCCACAGAUUAUUCAGAUCAAUCAUCACCAAGAAAAUUUACCAAAGAAUCUGAAACUGAACAAGUUGUAAACUCGAUUGAUGUAAUCCAAGGGUUCAUUGUCAACUCUCAGACCGAUAUGAAAAACCGUUUAUUUGAAAAUCAACAACAAAGUAAUACAGUGCAGAAGAAGAAUUCGCCUAAACCAAUGGAUAAUAAUGAUACUUAUGUCUCAGAAAUUGUAUCUAAAGUAUGA